ACAAGUCACAACCAACAUCAAGUUCUUCCACACUCCUCUCCCUCCUUACACUUUUUCCCUUCACAUUACCGUUCUUUAAAAUCUCAUACAAACAACAACAACAACCCAGUAAAAUCCCACAAGUGGGGUUUGCAAAAAGGGAAGAAAAAAACAGGAAAUACAUCUAAUGGAAGGGUUCAAAUUCUUGAAUGAUUUUGGUCGAUUGGCACCGUUUUUGGCUAUUGUUAUAAUGAUUUUUAGCAUCCAGGUUUCUGGGCAAAUUAAUACAGCCUGUAGCGCUGCAAUGCUACGUAGCUUUAACCCUUGUAUAAACUUCAUGAGCAGUGGUGGUUCAGGUUCCCCAACUUCAGCUUGUUGUCAAUCUCUCAAGGAACUUACGAGCAGUGGCAAAGAUUGCCUCUGCCUGAUUGUAACUGGAAAUGUUCCUUUUAAAGUACCAAACAGAAAUUGGGCAAUUACCCUGCCCAAAGCUUGUAACAACGGUGGUGUUCCCAUCGAAUGCAAAGGUUCUGCUACCCCUCUUCCAGCUCCAGGUCCAGCUGCCUUAGUACCAUCAGGGUCUCCUAGAUCAUUUCGAAAUCCUAGGUCACCUCCAGCUCCUAGCCCUGAAGGCGAUGAUGUCCCUGAGCCAUUCAAUCCUCCUUUGGGGCCAGUGGGUGAUACAACACCAGACUUAACACCACCAUCUCCACCAAAUGGCUUUGGAACUCCUAAUACUGGUUUAACGCCACCUUCUCCAUCAGGCGGCAGCUUGGGAAAUCCUUACAAUGGUUUCACACCGCCAUCUACAACAGACGGCGGGUUUGGAAAUCCUGAUACAAGUUCAGGAUUCAAGCCUGAUUUGACUCCUUCCUAUUCCCCGCAUUCACAGAGACUUUCAGUAUUUGUACUUCUAGCAGCCUGUGGAGCAAUUGCUUUGAAGUUAUACUGAAUUGAUUCACCCCCCACUCCCUUCUGGCCUUUUAAGGUGUACUUGUAGUUUAUGAACAUUGUUUGGUGUGUGCAUACAUUGGAUAACAGAUUGCAAUAUAUUAUUUGUUGUUUCCUUGUAAUCAAGUUGUACUGCAGUAUAAUGAAAAUUUUGGGGUUAUAGAAAUCUAUAUUUUUCA